GAUUCUGGGCUUCAACAGCAUCUCAUUUCUUCACUUGCUGUCUAAAAGUUCCGUAUGAGAUGAUGAUUUUCCCGGCGAUGGCUUGCUUCGCGCCAAAACCGCCCAUGCUCUUCUCCGCUCCGGCGUUGAAUCCCCGUCUGCCUCGCACCUCUCCAUCGAUCCCUCCGGUCUGCUCGGCUGCUCCGGCUGAUGCUGUGCCGGACCCUGAAUCCAAUCGCAUUCCCAUUUCUGGAUCCCGUGCCCGACGGCGGAAAAAGGAAGUCAGACGGAGUGCCGAAGCCAGUGACGAGAAGUUUACGGCAACGAUUCCGCCGAAACCGAGGCGCGGGCGGCGGAGCGAGGCGGAUGCCGUCGAGGAUUUUGUGAGAACCUCCCUCGAGCGUACGUUCACCGCAAUACGGGAGCAAAACCCAGAGGUUUUCGAGAACAAGGAGAUAGCUAAUUUCAUCAAGGAGAGAAGCCCGCGAAGUGACGAUGCAGACGUUGGUGAUGAUGAUGAUAACGAAGAAGUAAAAAAAAUGGUGGUGGAGGAGGAGGAUCCAGAUUGGCCGCUAGACACGGACGUAGGGUGGGGAAUCAGAGCAUCGGAGUACUUCGACACGCAUCCGAUCAAAAACGUUGUCGGAGAAGACGGGACUGAGAUCGAUUGGGAAGGGGAGAUGGACGAUUACUGGGUUCAAGAGAUCAACUGUCUGGAAUGGGAAAGCUUCGCAUUCCAUCCUAGCCCCCUCGUCGUCCUCGUAUUCGAGCGAUACAACAGGGCCAGUGAUAACUGGAAGACAUUGAAGGAGCUGGAGAAAGCGAUCAAAGUAUAUUGGGAUGCUAAAGAUCGAUUGCCCCCUCGGGCAGUUAAAAUUGACCUAAACAUCGAGACAGAUUUGGCAUACGCUCUUAAAGCUAAAGAGUGCCCACAAAUUCUGUUCUUGCGGGGAAGCCGGAUUCUGUACAGGGAGAAAGAAUUUCGCACUGCAGAUGAAUUGGUCCGUAUGAUCGCACAUUUCUAUUACAACGCCAAGCGACCUUCAUGGAUCGACAAGGCUAAUGUGUAUCCCUUUCAGUAGUUGCACUGCAUCAUCGGAUGAGGAACAUCCGCUUGAACCGUGUGGAUACUGAUGUUUCAAUCUCCUGUUUAUGUUGUUCUCUUUUUAAGUUAAGUGUGCUCCAUCCAUGGCCAAACGUUUGUUGUAUUAGAGAACGUCAAUGCGUGUGAGAAUAGACGGGGAGACGGGUAGGGAGUAGAACGCUUAAGCGUUUCUCUGUUGGAGAUCAGAAAUGUGUGUAGUUUUACUGGGCCCAUGCUCCGAGUGGCGUAGUGCCGAAAGAGCCCAUGACGCUGGCCCAGUCUCAUGGGAAUUAAUAUAAUAUAUAUUUAAUAAUAUAUGGACAUCGAAAUUGUGUAUU